AAUUGAAUUCAAGCAGAUAAAGACAAUUAAUCGUUAACGUGUCCACUUCUCUUACACAGCUUCCCGUUUUGAAAAUUUUGAUGAUAAAAAAUAGAGAAGCUUAGAAGUUACUGUGGUUUGGUUUCAACAUGUUCUCUGGAAGCAUGGUGAUGGUCUCGCUGAGACCCUUAAAUGGUGUCUCUCGAUAUCCAUCAAAACCUCCAUUGGUUUACAGAAAGAGGCAGAGAGCUCUAAGGAAUAUUAUUUACAUGAGAGCACAAACACAAGCAGUGCCGUCCAGAACCCAGAGGAUAAUGGAGAGCAUUUCAGUCAGUGGUGAGGUUGGUGGUGCUGGUGGUACGUACUCCUAUAAUGCCUUGAAGAGGUUGGACAAAAUUUGGUCAAGCAUCUGCUCUGCUCAGACUGUUCGGCAAGAACCACAACAGGUAGUUUCAAGCUUUCCUGGUGUGUUUAGCCAUUCUGCUCUUGCUGAAAAAGAAGUGGAUAAAUGUGAUGUGGUAGUUUGUGGGGGUACUUUGGGAAUCUUCAUUGCUACUGCCUUGAGUGCCAAAGGUCUUAAAGUCAGUAUUGUGGAAAGAAAUAUAUUAAAAGGGAGGGAACAAGAGUGGAAUAUCUCAAGGAAAGAGUUAAUGGAACUUGUAGAAGCCGGCAUUUUGGAUGAAGAUGACAUUGAUGAAGCUACUGCCGUGUCAUUCAAUCCUAACAGAUGUGGAUUUGAGAAUAAGGGUGAGAUCUGGGUAGAAGACAUUCUUAACCUGGGUGUCUCGCCUGUAAAGCUUGUAGACAUUGUGAGGAAACGUUUUGUUUCCCUUGGUGGAGUGAUCUUUGAGGGUUGCAGUGUGUCUGGCAUAAGCAUUUAUGAUGAUGCAGCUGUCUUGCAACUUGCUGAAGGAAACAUUCUUUCAUCUCGUCUCAUCAUUGAUGCCAUGGGGAAUUUUUCUCCUGUGGUAAAACAGAUCAGAGGUGGUAGGAAGCCAGAUGGCGUUUGCCUUGUUGUCGGGUCCUGUGCUCGUGGAUUUAAGGAGAACUCUACCAGUGAUGUCAUAUAUAGUAGUUCAUCAGUGAAGAAAGUUGGCAAUGCAGAAGUCCAAUACUUUUGGGAGGCAUUUCCAGCUGGGUCUGGUCCCUUAGAUCGCACUAUUUAUAUGUUUACUUAUGUUAAUCCUCAACCAAGUUCCCCAAAACUGGAAGAAUUAUUGGAAGACUAUUGGGAUUUGAUGCCAAAAUAUCAGGGAGUUUCUAUGGAUAAUCUGGAGAUUCUGAGAGUUAUAUAUGGCAUUUUCCCCACGUAUCGUGAUAGUCCGUUGCCAGCAGCAUUUAAUCGUAUUUUACAGUUUGGUGAUGCUAGUGGCAUACAAUCACCUGUCUCUUUUGGUGGUUUUGGGAGCUUGACUAGGCACCUUGGAAGAUUAUCAAAUGGGAUUUAUGAAGCAAUCAAUGGAGAUUUUCUUGACUCAAGCAGUUUGUCGCUGCUGAAUCCUUACAUGCCGAACUUGAGUGCUUCAUGGCUAUUUCAAAGAGCAAUGUCUGCAAAGAAACAGUCUAAUGUUUCACCCGAUUUUAUUAAUGAGCUUCUUGACAUAAACUUCAAGAGUAUGCAGAGGCUGGGGGACCCUGUGCUAAGACCAUUUCUUCAGGAUGUCAUACAGUUUGGGCCUCUUGCCAAGACAUUAGGCCUUGUAAUGCUAAGUAAACCUCAAAUUCUUCCAGCAAUAUUCAAGCAGGUUGAAAUUCUUGUUCUUAUUGACUGGUCUCGACAUUUUUUCAUGCUGGGAUAUUUUACAUUUCUCUCAUCCUUCAUGGACCCUGUUAUAAGGUCAUGGUUAAACGCUUUUCCAUCCAAGAUGAAAUAUGAAUGGAAGCGGCACCUUGAGGCUUGGAAAUUUGGAUCAGGGUUGGAUUACAGGCUAUGAAUAGUGAGUCAAAUAGGGGUGAAACAUAAUGAAACUAAUAGAGGAAAUUGAUGCUCAACUGGCUGCUCUUGCAACUAUCAACUUUCCUUUCAAGCUUAUAUAAUUCGUCUUCAAAGAUCACCCAGUAAUGAAAGUUCAUUGAAAAAUUUGUAGUUCUUUACAGAUUCUUGAGACUAUUUUAUCCUCUUUUUAUUUUGUGCAUGGAAAUACUCAUUCACCAAUCUGUUUCUUUACAGACAUUUUUCUAAUUGAUUUAAUAAAAUAAAAUUGUGCAUAUAUAUGAGGCAUAUUUGGCAUUCGUAUGUAUGUGUGUAUAUAUGGUCACCAGUCAUAACUGCAAAUAAUUGUGUCUACUAGAAGAUAAUGUCGGACAAUAAAUGUAAAACAAAUUAGCAGCGUAAUUUCCUUUUUAUUUGUAUUAAUGAUAUUCUUGGGACAAUAAGAAAAAAGCCUAAAAUGAUGAAUUCCAAGGGUAGCAAGCUGUUGUUGGGCUGCCUAUUCCAACACAAGCCACUUUGAGUGCAGCAAAACCUAGAUCAUAUAGUAUUCCCUCAACCAAGAUGUUUCUCUAAUGGCCAAAAAAAAAAAACCAACAUGUGAUCUGGAAAUGCACUGUUGAUAACCACCACCACCCCCCACCCAAAGGUAUAGCUUAUCCUUUUUCAUGUUUAAAACAGAAAGCCCUACCAAUAAGGUCAAGUGACUUGAAAACUCAUUAAAUCAACAUUCUUUCAUCUAGCAAUCCAAUGAUCUACU